UCUUGGACGCCGUAUAUCCAUCUAGGAAGGCAAGCCAUGGCCAUUUUUUGAAACUCGCCGUAGCUCGAUCUUGCUCCGCCAUCUCCCUCUUCAUCAGUUCCUCGCUUUCUGCUGCAUGCCCUGGUAGGUAGAUUGUGUUGUGUUGUCUCCAAGAUGAACGACCUGUUCUCGUCGAGCUCGUUCAAGAAGUAUGCGGACUCCAGCCCGGCGACGUCGGCGGGGGGCACGGAGGCCGGCGGCGGCGAGAGCGGGGUUGACCUGGACAAGUUCUUCGAGGACGUGGAGGCGGUGAAGGAGGACAUGCGCGGGCUGGAGGGCAUGUACAAGGGCCUCCAGUCCACCAACGAGGAGACCAAGACGGCGCACGACGCCCGCACCGUCAAGUCCCUCCGCUCCCGCAUGGACAAAGACGUGGAGCAGGUGCUUCGCCGCGCCAAGGCCAUCAAGGGCAAGCUCGAGGAUCUCGACCGCUCCAACGCUACCUCACGCCAGGUGCCCGGGUGCGGGCCGGGGUCCUCCACCGACCGCACCCGCACCUCCGUGGUCGCUGGCCUCGGCAAGAAGCUCAAGGACCUCAUGGACGACUUCCAGGGGCUGAGGGCGAGGAUGGCCGCAGAAUACAAGGAGACGGUGGCGCGGCGGUACUACACGGUGACGGGGGAGAAGCCGGAGGACAGCACGAUCGAGGCGCUCAUCUCGUCGGGGGAGAGCGAGUCGUUCUUGCAGAAGGCGAUCCAGGAGCAAGGGCGCGGGCAGGUGAUGGAUACCAUCUCGGAGAUCCAGGAGCGGCACGACGCCGUGAAGGACAUCGAGCGCAGCCUCAUGGACCUGCACCAGGUGUUCCUCGACAUGGCGGCGCUCGUCGAGGCGCAGGGCCACCAGCUCAACGACAUCGAGAGCCACGUCGCGCACGCCAGCUCCUUCGUGCGCAGGGGCACCGUCGAGCUGGAGUCCGCGCGCGAGUACCAGAAGAGCAGCCGCAAGUGGAUGUGCAUCGCCAUCCUCGCCAGCAUCGUGCUCAUCGCCGUCCUCGUCUUGCCCGUGCUCAUCAACCUCCGCAUCUUGACACUCCCCACCAAAUGAUGAUCAUUCAGUCGGAGACGGAGGCGCUCUCUCUCUUUCUCUUAUAGCUUCUUGUUUGUUCUUCUCUCUAUAUCCGUACACCGUACUUCACGUUUUUAAAGGUUCCGUUUUAUCUGCUAUUUCUGAGUACGUAGAUAGAAGUAGUAGUUUUCAAAAGCAUGCUUGAGCUACAAUGCUAUAACAGUUUGGUAAGGAAUCGUAAGCCAAUAGGUGUGGAUGAUCAGCCUUUCUGUUACAUAUAUAGCAAAGUGCUGUACGUUUUACGGUUUUCAUUUAUGUUUAGAUAAGAGCAUAAAAUAUAAAGACAUUUUUCUGUUG